AUGAAUAGAAACGUAAAGCACUUCCCCUUCUUCCAGACGGCGCCGGACGGCUGGAAGAACACCAUCCGCCACAACCUGUGCUUCAACAGCAGCUUCCGGAAGACCUGCAACCAGCUCUGCCGCGACGGGAAGCGCAAGUCCUGCUUCUGGCACCUGACGCUGGACGGCCACCGCCGGCUGCGGGCCGAGCUGCACACGCUGGCCGGGGAGACCCUGAAGCAGCUGGAGAGGAGCAUGUCCCAGCCCGGUGAGCCGGUCCCGGGUCAGGUCUGA